CGGGGUCGGUGUCAUACGUAACGUAGUGCAUGACGAAAAAAUAAAUACGAACGAAAAUAAUAAUGUCCGAAAUCAUGGAUGGUUUUAGGAAAUAUUGAUACUUGUUACGAGUUAUAAUGAAGAAAUUGUUGUUUUGAAGUGGCCAUUGCGCGGGUGUUGUUCUUGUUGUUGUAUUGAAAUUACUUUUUCUGUUGACUUUCAAAUACUGAAACUAAUACUGUAGCAGAGUUAGCUAAAAUGUUAUCAAAACGCUUCUCAAAAGCGAAAGUUAAGAUGAACUUUUGGAGUUUCUGCAUUUUAUUGAUAACAGUACACGCAGUGCAAUGUUCACCACUAGAACAAGUUUCCAGCGAAAGCCAAAUGGCAACUAGCACUAGCAGAACAGAUAAAAAAACUGCUGCAGCAGCGAAAGAUGAUGAACAUACAAGCGCCAGCAAGAACACUCUAGCGGAUCAAGUUGCCAUGGGCAAAUAUGGUCUAAUUCAGAAAGAAAUAUUCUCAGCUCCUAGUCCGAGACCCGGAGUUUUGAGCUAUGCAGCCAAUGAAGAAGUGCCCAAAGAUUUACAGACAAAUUUGGGCGGGCUAGAGGCCGACGAUAUUUGGCUCGCAGAAGAUCAUCUACUCGUAGUUCGCGGGGGUGCAUUCGAUAAAAAACAACCUCAGGGCGCAGUUUGGCCUCCUAUCGAUGAUUAUGAGGCUCCAUUACGACAAGUAAAAAUACCCGCCCAACCCGCAGUUCCACCGCCCUUUCUCGUGCAGCUUAAACCAGAUGGCCCAAUCGAAUUCAUCGGUUACAACGGCAGCCGCGUGGUCGCGUUGCAGCCGCCUGGCGCGGCAUCACCAGGCCAGGGAUCGUUUGCUCCGGUUUUUGGCACGCAGAAACCCCUCGCAGGGGUUGGGUACAACCCGGGACAAAUCCCUCACUAUCUCACCCCGUAUCCGAGAAACCUUACUUCCGGGGAAACGCCGUUCCCUAUUCCUCCAUUCCCUUUCCCACCGACAGGCCCGUACCGCCCCUUAAACGACAGUUCUCUUGCAGACAACAAUGUAACGGACUUGUACGACGAAGACGAUCCAUCUGUUUACUAUCCGCCACCUUACUCCUUUUAUUAUCCUAUAGAUGAAAGCAAACUAGCACGUGCAGGUCCGCUAGUGCCAGGAAUUAUAUUACCGCCACCGCCGGACUUCUUUGCUCCGUUGGAAGAAGAUACCAUUACUCGCAAUGAUUCAACUACUCAUAAGCCUACUGAGCCUCCACGAACAGAACCACCUAUUUCUGCAAACUUUCCAAAUACUUACUUGCCCGUUCCUGCGCCUGCGCCUGCCCCUGUUUCCGUUCCAAAUAAAUAUCACAAAAUUCCACAUUCGUAUGAUAAUAUUGUACCAAUUCUUCCAGAAGUUUCGAAACCUCACGACUUUUAUUACUAUAACCCACAAAAUCCAAAACAUGUACAAAUUAAUUCACCUGGCGGAGUUAAAUUAAAAACAACUUUGAGACCAGUACCACAAAUAGGAAAACUUAAACCGGUGUAUGAUUAUUACGAAGUGAAUACCGUUACGCCACCAGUAAAUUCAUUCAAAGUAUAUGGCCCACCACCAUAUCCGGAUCAACAUCCAAUAGUUAGACCCGAUUUUGGAAGAACAUAUGUUAGCAGCACCGCUGUACCAUUGCGUUCAUUCUAUGAAGUACGACAGCAGGAAGUACCUCGACCGAAAAUACGGCCACAAUAUUAUAAAGGUUCAAAUAAACCUAGUGCUUCAUACUUUUUCUAUGAAGAGCCACCAAGUGAGCCACAUGUUUCUGAUGGAUAUUACGAUAAGCGUUACUAUAAUAGCCCACAAGAGCACCAGCAAUUUGUAUAUAAUGCGUAUGGUCUUAAUCAAUUGCCUAAUAGGCAGCAUGAACAACAAUAUUUAUAUAAUGGCAAUCCACCUGAAAACGUUCGCCCAAUAUAUUAUAGAAUUCCUAAACCUAUUUAUCGUCCCACUUCCCAUAGGCAAUCAUUUCAGCAACAAGUUGAAGAAAUUCAAAAAACUUUGCAUUAUUAUACAACUCAAAGUCCACGUUACAUUUACAGAAAUAUUGAUGAAAACGCUGCGAGAUAUAAUCAAAUUUUACCAGCAAAACAAUCAGGUACUCCCAAACCAGUUUAUCAAUAUAGUUUUAAUGCUGUAGGAUAUGAAGAUGGACAAAAGUCGUUUACGGCCUCGCAAAUUCAAGAUCCUAACAAUGAACCAUUUAGACCGAUGAUUUCAUAUGAUCACGUUCCUUUAGUUUCGGAUAAUCAAAACGCCAAAAAACAAUAUCCACCAGUUACUUCAGAGACGCCUUUAGAAAGUAAAUAUAUACCUCAUGGUAAACAACAGCGCUACGAAACUGUAACUCCUUCAACUAUUCUCAAACCACAAUACAGUAUUAGAAAGCCCCCAUCUCAUAAUUCUAUAUCUACAACGCCUAAUCCGAGAUAUAACACGGCAAAUCCUCUGAAUUCGAAUUACUAUACUCAACAUGAAGAAGGAUUAUUUGAUGAAAUUACAAAGAAGUAUUUUACCAUAUUUGGACAGAAACUGUACAACAGCAAAGGCUCAAAUGAAUUGGGAGUAACUGAAGCUUUAAGAGCAGGACCUGUUACAACUCCGAUACCUCCAAACGAUUGGUUACCGAGCUAUUCCGUUCAAGAAAGUAGGGAAGUAUAUUCAGAACAAAAACGUAAGAACACUAUAUCAAAUUCUGCCAAUAAGAACGGGUUGCGAAAUCAACAGCCUAAUCGAUCUUUUCAAAAUCAGCCUUCGCAUUCUUCCUUAGAAAGCGAUACGCUGGUCAACUACUUGCGACCUAGACCCGAGUACAAUGUUGAAAGUGAAUUAAUUUCCAACAACAGUGCAAGGAAAAAUCAAGGUUACAACUCGAUACGACCAAAAGAGUUGCAGCAAUUGGUAAGUGUGCCUCAAAGGGAGCAAUUGCCAAAGUCAUUGGCUAGGGAUGAAUUAGUGAAUUAUAGAAAUCCUAGACCGCCCUUGAAUCCUGAAACUGAAUUCAUACCUAUAUCUUCAAAAAGGCGACCAGAAGUCGUUUCGUAUGACCUGCCUGGAGACAGCGCACAUGUGUACUUUUUGACACCUCAACGAAGAGGCGGGUAUAUUGCAAACCAGCAAACAAAAGUAGCUGAACCGAUUAAAUAAUAUAGUUACAAGAUGAUGUAAGGUAAAUUUAUUGAAUGUGAAGUGUUUUUCAAAACUUGCCUCUCUAUAUUUUUCCUAAUUCAGCCCUAAAAACUAACUUUCACUUUAUGGUCAGUACAUGCAAGUUCCAGAAUUUUAUCAAUUGAAUUAUUUCGUUUAAUAUUCAUUAAAUUUAUGAAAAAGUAUCUUUGAUAACAAAACGUCUAAAUAUUCAUUCGUAAUGAUAUAAAUGCAAAAUUUUACUUGAAUUUAGUGGUAAUUUUAACCCAGAGUAAUGAAUAUUGAAGUCAUGGUCGACACACAAUAAAUAACGUAUGUCGACUAUAGGCGACACUCGUAGAAAAAGAGUUAAUUUUGAAAUAAUAGUGUAAAGUAAAAAAAUUAAAAACAAACUGAAGGUUAAAAGGAAUGUGACUGUAAAUAUUCUAUUACAUACUGAUCAUAAUUCAAAUCGUCAGUUGAUAUAUUACUAAUUACUACUAUUACUAUUACUUCUAAUAUGGACUAAAUAUUAUUUCAUACGUAUGAAACGAUAUUUAGUAAAUUGUUAAAUUGUUAAUUUUACAAUGAAAUGCAAUAAUUAAAAUGCAUCAAAACAUAAUCAAACAAAUAUCAAAAACGUACUUACACAUAUCUUUUUUACAAUUACAUCUAGGCAGUGGCGUCGGAACCAAAUUUUUGAUGGGUGGGCUCGUUUUUUUUGAUAGACAGCCAGUGGGCUUGUUUUUUUUAGAGAUAUUAGUCCAUAUAAUUUUUUCAAUUGACUUAACCCACACAGCCCACACGGUUCCGACGCCACUGCAUAUAGGAAUGAAUGCUAGUGCCUUGUGUAUUAUCGAUAAUUUUAGUAUUCCAUAUAUUUUUACUAUAAAGAAUAUAUAGAAUAGAAUAUUGUUAUAUAGCCUAUUGUUUACUAAAUUUUAAUAUGUAUCAUUAAUAGUGUUAGACUUGUUUAAUGAAAAUGCUUAUAGCGUUGGUAUGAUAUUUAAAUAAUCUGGAUUUGAGCAUAUUGUUGUGGAUGAUAGCUAUAAAAAUUGAACGAUGGGAAA